CUUGUCAUUGAAUAAGUCCACAAAGGUUUGAUCAAAAGACAAAGAUGUACGUGGGUAGGAGGAAGGCUAUUUCCUCCUCAUUCUUGUUUUCUGUCAGCCACCAUUGGCAAGACUAUCUACUAUGUGUAGGCAUGGGAACCAGUUAAAGAAAGUAUUGAUUCACUAGAGGGAAGCUGAGAACUCAGUGGCCUUUGUCUGUGGUGAAUGUGUCUGGAAAGGCAAAGAGGAGCGAGAUUCUCCUGUGGGGUUUCUCAUCUCCAUGGCUGUAGGUGCUGACAGCUUCAGAGAGCACGGAGGGGCCAAGAGGAAAGAGCCCUGAGAUAUCUAGCUGCAGGGCUCCUGCAAGAUGGAAAGGACAAGGGGUUUCAAUCUGAACUUCAUUAUCUGUGACUAAGGUUUUAACUGAAAAUCCAAACCAACCAAUAACGACACACCUGGAACGUUUUCUGCUCCCACACUCACCUGCAUGCUCCAGGGGCCCAGGAAAGAAUGAGCUAUUACGGCAGCAGCUAUCGGAUUGUCAAUGUGGACCCCAAAUACCCGGGCUACCCCCCCGAACAUGCCAUUGCUGAGAAACGAAGAGCAAGAAGACGCUUGCUUCAUAAAGAUGGAAGCUGUAAUGUGUACUUCAAGCACAUUUUUGGAGAAUGGGGGAGCUACGUGGUCGACAUUUUCACCACUCUUGUGGACACCAAGUGGCGCCAUAUGUUUGUGAUAUUCUCUUUAUCUUAUAUUCUCUCCUGGUUGAUAUUUGGCUCUAUCUUUUGGCUCAUAGCCUUUCAUCAUGGAGAUCUGACGAAUGAUCCGGACAUCACGCCUUGUGUUGACAAUGUCCAUUCUUUUACAGGGGCAUUUUUAUUCUCCCUGGAGACUCAAACCACCAUAGGUUACGGCUACCGCUGUGUCACUGAAGAAUGCUCGGUGGCAGUGCUCACUGUGAUCCUUCAGUCCAUCUUAAGCUGCAUCAUAAAUACCUUCAUCAUCGGAGCCGCCUUGGCCAAAAUGGCAACGGCGCGAAAGAGAGCCCAAACCAUUCGGUUUAGCUACUUUGCGCUCAUAGGGAUGCGAGAUGGGAAGCUCUGCCUCAUGUGGCGCAUUGGUGACUUCCGGCCAAACCAUGUGGUAGAAGGCACGGUGAGAGCCCAGCUUCUCCGCUACACAGAAGACAGCGAAGGAAGGAUGACAAUGGCAUUCAAGGACCUCAAGUUAGUCAAUGACCAGAUCAUCCUUGUCACGCCAGUAACUAUUGUUCAUGAAAUUGAUCAUGAGAGCCCCCUGUAUGCCCUUGACCGCAAAGCAGUGGCCAAAGACAACUUCGAGAUUCUGGUGACAUUUAUCUAUACCGGUGAUUCCACUGGGACAUCCCACCAGUCCAGAAGUUCCUAUGUUCCUCGAGAAAUUCUCUGGGGCCACCGGUUUAAUGAUGUCUUGGAAAUCAAGAGGAAGUAUUACAAAGUGAACUGCUUACAGUUUGAGGGGAGUGUGGAAGUAUAUGCCCCCUUUUGCAGUGCCAAACAAUUGGACUGGAAGGACCAGCAGCUCCACAACAUGGAAAAGGCACCGCCGGUCCGAGGACCUGUCCCGUCAGACACCAAGGUCAGACGACGGUCAUUUAGUGCUGUCGCCAUUGUCAGCAGCUGUGAAAACCCAGAGGAGACCACCACCCCUGCCAUGGAUGAGUGUAAGGAACCACCUUACCAGAAAGCCCUCCUGGCUUUAAAUAGAGUCUCCGUAGAAUCCCAAAUGUAGUCUUACAUUGUAAUUACAAAGGCUACAACUUAAUUUUAUCCUCCAGCCAAUCACUUUCAGCUAAGUAGUUGUAAACACGGCUUUUAAAGAAUGAUAUCGCUAUGUUUUAUGGUGAUGGGGGAUAAGUAGAGUAGGUUAAAAUGGAUAAACGAUAAUCUAAGAAAUCUCAUAGUAUCCAAUUUUUUUUUUAAAUUAGGGAAGCUAUUAAGAUGCCUAAGUGAUUAAUUUAAAUUUCAUCUCCUUUUCUUAUCCCAUAUACUUAUAUCUUGAAUUGGAGGUGCAAUGUUCAGUAAUGGAGAACAAAGGCAGGAUGCCAGAAUAAAUAGAAAUUGGAAGAAAGGCAACCAGCAUGAAUAAUAAAUGCUUAAAUAUAUCAAAAUUGAUAGAAUAAUGAGUGAUUUCCUUCUAAACACUAAUGUCAUCUAAUCAAGAUAGGUUUUAAAAUAUUUCAGUGGACUGUAAUGUUGAGAUAUUUUACCCUGAAAUCGCUGGCCAGUUUCAAUCCCUAGGUUGGCUCUUCACUGUGCCUUGAUAACAGCAGAUCAGGCACAGAUCGUGGCUAUGAGAAAUAGGCAAUGCCACCAAUUCAGAUGGUUCUUCCGCUAGCAUUUGCCCAGGUAAUGACCAAUGAUUGCUAGGAGCUAGUUUUUUCCUAAACUAUGAGGCAGGAAAAAAGGUUGGCAUCAUUAUUUAGACUAGAAUUUCUCUCUUAAACACUCUGGUGGAAGAGCAGAAAUAAGGCAAUCAUGGUCCUUCUAAAUUCUCCAACAAGGUGAUUGCCUGCACCCACCUCCCAUCUUCCUCAGGACAUGGUGAAGGAGAGUCACAAAGAUGGGGUGAGGGAAUGGGUUGCAGUGAUAAACAUUCCCAGACUCUUUGAGAGAAAACAAGGCAUGCAUGUGCCCUGGAAGAUGGCAGCCUUGGCAAGCUACAUGGAGAACAGAAUCUCUUUUUGGGGGAAGGGAAACUGUUGUUUGUGCCAACAGUUAUAUAAGCUUCCUGUCUCGGUCACCAUGCAAGACAUAAAUGACUUGGGUUUGGCUUUUAAGAAACUCUUCCACUGAAUUUGGAACAAUCAUCUAAACCCGUGACUUUGUGAAAUAUAAUUAAGGUGAUUUUAAUACACAUUAUGUGGAUGAAUGCCAUAAAUCGCUUAAAUUUUAGGACAGGAGGUACAUUUGUAUACUCCUAUUUCCAUGCAAAAAGAUGUUAAUCAUGAUUUCUUUAAGCACGAAUUCAAUCAAUUGUGAGUGAAGAGACUUUUUGAGCUUUAUAAAUUGAAGAGUUAUUAGCUCUAUUCAGAUUUAUCUGUGUUGUUUUAAAUUGCCACACUGGGAAGGCAUAUAUGGCACAUUUUUUUAUUUGUGUGUUUUAUUUUGUACAUCUGUAUAUUUAUACCCAUGCAUUUAUUUGCUUUUCCUUGAAAAUUAAUAUUCCUCCUGCCCAUCCUCUUUUUUGCUUCAUUUGAAUGAGGCCACAAAUAAACUGAACUGAGUCACAGUGUCCAAGAUUACCAAUAAAAGUAAAGUAUAUAGGCAAAUAAAGAGCUUUUCUAUUAUCUCUUCUUUUCUUUUUCCUUCUUUCUUCACUUCGUUCUUUUUUUAUUGACCUAUGAGCAACAAAAUUAUUUUUAAAAUCACUUGUGCAAAUCUUGUAUUCCUAUGUUUUAUGGAUAAGAGAUUUGUUCAGGUCACAAGUUGCAAAACUGUCCUGAAGUUUAAUAUCAAAGAUAUAAGUAGUGCAAUUUUUCUGUAUUGCUUUGGGAAUGACAACUCCUUUAAAAAAAAAAAGAAAAAUUACACACACAUUGUAGAUUUGGCCUUUGAGGCAGCAAUUACUUAGCUAAAUUAGAGUACUAAAUCUGCCUGUAGAAAACAACCACCACCACAAAAUAACAAAAAUGACUCUUUUAGUAGCUUUUUUUAUGGCUCUGUUUUAUGGUGAUGGAGGAUAACAUCUAGUUUCAUUUCACUUUAUACUUUGCUUCCUGGACUUUGCCUCAUCAAUAUCAGAAAAAGGACAUUAAUAUCCAAUUAAACACAUUGAACUGUGCUGUGUACCUCUACAAUCAAAUCCACUUAGCCAGUAUAGAAUGUAAAAUCAGCAUUCUCAUGUAAUAUCUGUCUCUAGUUUUCUGCUUGACUUACAACAUACUUUCAUAUCCCAAUCAGUUACUUAACAAUAAAGAUCUUAGAAUAAUGCAAAGAAAUAUACACAUAUAGUUAAAUUCCAGGCAGUAUAAACUCUGCAGAUUUGGGUACAGAGCACUGAAAAUGAGAAUACCGCCUCAUAUAAUUACAAAAUAAGCAGCACUGUAAACCAUUUUUAUGGAUUUUUAAUAGCUUGUAGAGCAGCUAUAUAUGAAGUAACAAUUAGUUGCUUCUGUAAGCAUUGCAAGAAGUCUCUGUGCAAAGUAGCAUUUCUAGUUUUUGAAUGCUCUGUCCAUAGUGAAAAGUAAGCUGAUUUUGGGCAUCAAUUUUCUCCCUUAAAAUGAAAUUAUUCAAUGGAGUCAAUUAGAACACAAACUGUGGCAUUGAGGCAGCACUCAACGAAAUGCUACAGCCUGUGAAUUGGUCCCUUGAAGAUAGAGUGCAGAGAGAGAUAUAGAGAGAAGGAUAUUACUUUCAUGUGCCACACACACACACAAAAAUAGGUGCUUUACACAAAUGUAUAUAAUCCCCACAAUAUAAAAGUAAGGUGAGUGUAUUUAAUUUCCAUUUCCUCAAAUAUCCAAUUCUCCAUUUCUGCCUGAGUAACAAAAUCUGAAUUUUAUUUGGAGAACUAUGUACUCCAGGAUAAAAACAAUAAUAACUAUGCUUCGCAGUCUGCAGCUGGGGUGGUUAAGUGGCACUGUUGUGGCCAGUGAGAUGCCUGCAGAAAACCCCUGGGUGUGGCUCUUUUAUAGAGACUGACUUCACUGGCACAUUCCCUUUUACUCUACCCCUUCAGCUUUCCUCCCAUCUGGAUUUCAGACUUGAUAGCUGGAGCUCCUGCAGCCUUCUUGUGAGAAUGAGAAUCAAGUUCACCUUUUACAAGGGCAAAUGGAAAGGUAGGAAAGAGCCCUAGAUUGCAUUUCUCCAGACUUCUUUGCAUGAGUGAAAAUAAAUAUGAUUUUUAACUGACACAGUGACCAAUAUAUCUAAAGAGAAUUAUCCGGGAAAUAAGACUGGUGAAGAAGAAACUGUGUACAAUUUAACUCCAACUUGUACUUGUACAUGACAUUUGAUAGAGUUGGUCACUGUGGAAAAUGCAUAUUUUCUGGGGAGUUGAGGAAAUGCCACUAUUAUUGUAAAACAAACACAAAGGAACUGCUUUGGCCUGGGAACCCCUCUGAUAUACUGAUGACUGAAUGACCUUGAUAAAAGGAUUGACCAGACGUGACACUGGGUUACCCUUUUUCUUCGUCCUUCUCUCCAACAGAACUACAUUCCUUAUUUAAUGCAACUUUCACUAGGACUAGAGUUCUGAAAUCCAUGGAAACCCAGGCAAAGGAAGUCCUCUACGGCUCAGGCAGAAAAAGAAAACUCUGCUAAUACUAUGUCUCCGAAACCUCAGAGAGACCAACCUGCAUCAAUGCAGAACAUUUAAAUAUACUUUAAAUUCACACCAAGGAACACAGAAACUUACACUAAAUAUUUGUAUUUCAUCACUUCCGAGUUGGCCCGGGAAUGCGCAAAAUGACUUCUCUGGGCUGCCCCUAUUGAAAUGCUUGGAUGCCACAUUCUAUUCAGCUUAAAAUAUUUCUUCAAUUUUCCUCUAUCCAUUACAAGCUUUGAUUCUUCUCUUCAGAAGAUUCUACAAGGCAUGUGUCCAACCUUUUUAAAGGUAAGCUUUGCCUGUGGUCCUCUAGUACUCCCACAUGCCUAUGGUGCUCUCUAAAUCAGAAAUCCCUGACUCGAUUCUAAAAUUGGCAUGGCACCUGACUCUCUCUCUCUCC